AUGCCUCUCGCACUAGAUUUAGAGUUCGCUAAAGUCUUGGAGCCAUUGCUCCCGGCAAUGGCAAAUGCCCCGAAGUUGGCUGUUGGAGAUGUCGCGGGAAAGCGCCAGGCAUUGGACGCCUUUUUCGGUCCGGUUUUUGGCUCAUAUCCUGACUCACAAGACGUCACUGAGGAGAAAUAUCAUGUCAAAUCUAGCGGCAGCUUCGAGGUCCCAGUCUACCGCUUCAUAAAGAAGGGCACACCCACCACAGGUUCGAAUCCAGCUAUCUAUUACCUGCAUGGCGGAGGCUACAUCGCCCUGGACGUACCGCUCUACCGUAAAAGGAUCAAGGACCUCGCGUCACGCUCCGGAGUCCAGAUAUUUGCCCCGGAUUACAGAGUUGCGCCCGAAGCACCCUAUCCACUGCCCAUCGAAGACGUCUGGGCAGGGUUGCAGGAUCUGAGCCAGAACGCAAAGAAGUACGGCGUUGACCCUGCUCGGAUCGCAAUCAUGGGAGACAGUGGAGGCGGCGGCCUUGCCGCGGGCCUUGCGUUGAAGGCGAGAGACAAAGCGCUGACCCCACCGUUGGCGAAGCAGAUUCUGGUUUAUCCCAUGCUGGACGAUAGAAACACCAAGCCCAUCAAGGCGCUCGAGCCCUUUGGGACGUGGACAGUCAAUGACAACACCACCGGCUGGCAGGCAUACCUGAGCGGCAAAGCAGGAUCAUCAGAUGUUCCAUACUAUGCUGCGGCAGCACGAGCGCCGUCGGUCGAAGGCCUCCCGCCGACUUACAUUGAUGUGGGAGAUUUGGACAUCUUUCGUGACGAGGACGUGGAAUAUGCCCGCCGCAUCGCUGCCGCCAACAUUCAUACCGAAUUCCAUUUAUAUCCAGGCGUGCCACACGGGUGGGAUCUAAUUGCGCCCGGCAUCUCGGUGACCGCCAACGCUUUGGCCAACCGAAUCAGAGCGAUGAAGUCAAUUUAA